CGCGAGGAGGAGUCUUUACGCACACGUGUCCAGCGGCUCUAUGCAAACCCGCAGGUGUGUGGACGUGCGCGCCUGGUCCAGCUCUUCUAUCACUUUACGCACGUCCAGGAAAGAGGCGUGCACUCCUCUGUCCACCCUCCUGCUCACUCUGCCGCUCACUCUGCCGCUCACCCUCCCGUCCUCUUCCAUUUCCCACCGGCAGGAAGCGCGUCAUCCCGCACAGAGCUCGCCAUGGCCUCCCCGGCUCCCACAGCUCUCCGCUUCAGCUUCAUCCUGUGCACUUUAGUGUUUUGUGUCGUGUUUUGUGACGGGGACGUGGAGGAGGAUGAACACGCCGCGCACACGUACACUGUGGACAUGUUUAACGAGGCUGUGCCAACCGCGCCGCAUUUUGUCAUGUUUUACGCACCGUGGUGUGGACACUGCAAACGGCUCCAGCCCGCCUGGAACGAGCUGGCAGAAAAGUACAACGGCAUGGACGAGCCGCCGGCGUACGUGGUGAAAGUCGACUGUGUGCAGAAUACAAAGUUCUGCUCCAACGAACACGGCGUCAGGGGCUACCCCACACUCAAACUGUUCAAACCGGAGCAGGAGCCUGUGAAGUACCAAGGCCCCAGAGACCUGCAGUCCCUGGAGACGUGGAUGCUCAAAACGCUGCAGGACGAGCCCUCGGAGCCGGAGAGCGAAGAGGAGCCGCCCAAAGCCCCAGAGCCUAAACAGGGCAUGUACGAACUCAGCGCUCACCACUUCAAAACGCACAUCUCCAAAGGUGCACAUUUUGUAAAGUUCUUCGCUCCUUGGUGCGGUCACUGUAAAGCCAUGGCUCCGACGUGGGAGCAGCUCGCCGGCACCUACGAGCACUCGGAUGAUGUCAAAAUAGGAAAGGUCGACUGUACACAACAUUAUGAAGUUUGCUCUGAAAACGGCGUCCGGGGAUAUCCCACGUUACUCUUCUUCUACAACGGAGAGAAGACAGAGCAGUACAGAGGGAAGAGGGACCUCGACUCUUUUAAAGACUUCGUGGACAAUCAGCUGAAGACCGUCCUCGCCAAAGACGAACCGAAGCCAGAGGAGCCGAGCGCCAACGAGAUCCCCACAGAAGAGCCGCCCAAAGAGGAAGAGUCCAAAGUAUUGGUCCUAACAGAAGGCAACUUUGACGAGACCGUAGCCAAAGGCCUCACCUUCGUCAAAUUCUACGCUCCAUGGUGUGGCCACUGUAAGAACCUGGCUCCGACUUGGGAGGACCUCUCCAAGAAGGACUUUCCGGGACUCACUGACGUCAAAAUCGCCAAAGUGGACUGCACGGUGGAGCGCACAGUCUGUAACAAGUACUCUAUAAGAGGAUACCCCACCUUAUUCAUGUUCCGGGGCGGGGUCCAGGGCGAGGAGCACAACGGCGGCCGCGACCUCGAGAGCCUCCACAACUUUGUAAUGAAGCAGGCCCGGGACGAGCUGUAAUCGAACCCACUUUGCCACUCACUUUCUACCACUUUGCUCAAUCGAACUGCACAUCGGGCCAAAGGGACGUCCACCUUCGUCCCGCUUCGGCCAAAUCCGAUCUUUUUCCUCUCGGGAUUCCCGGUCAGCGUCACACCGGCUGUCUUAUUCUUGGAUACUGAAUGUUUUUCACUGGGGGCGCGCGUGUUUUUGAAGUUUCAAAAUGGUGGUUUGGUUGUGUUUUCAGGUGGGUAUGUGAAGCAAUCAGGACGUUUUGUAGCGGGAAAAAACAUGUCUCUUUUGUUUCUGAUCAAAUUCUAUGACCCUGAUGCCGUUUUAAAGAUUAGUUUUACCGAUGGGAUCUGGGUUUAAAAAUGUAUUGUCAUUUCAGAGAUUGUAGAACUUGUCAUUGAGCGUUAAGUUGAAGGUUAAGGUACUUCUCUCCAUUGUGAAACUUAACUCUCAGGGAUCGGCGUGGUGGCCCAGGAGGUGGGAUGGAGAGCUUUUUACAUAUCAACCCUUUGUCUUGUCUUUGUUUUUUAUUUUAUUUUUAUGUCUUUAGUCUCUUAUGAAGUGUAACUGUGAUACCGAUCAGACUCCAUCACAUCUCCACACACGAGCGCUCACUCCUGGACCAUGUGCGGUUGGUGGAUUACUACCACAAAAGUCCUUAAAAUUAUCUUAGAGACCGUGUUACGCUGUUUUCUGAUCUACGUUAUGUCGUUUCCUCGUCACAAACAGACGUGGAGUUGUGUUCCACCUUGUGAUGUCAUGUGGAAAUACAGGAAGUGCUUAAACUCAAUACGACUUCACUGAAAUCAUUUGAAUUAAUUGUCUAUCUGACAUCACAAGGUGGACCAGAGCGUUUUGACCUUUGGAGAUGUAGACAGACUAAUAAUAAAUCGUUACUGAAACAUGUGCGAAUGAAACAAAACACAACUCCAGGUCUGUUUUUGAGGAGGAAACACCAUUAUAACAUGGCUCAAAUCUCACAAGAGUCCAUUUUGUGUAAUAUAGGACCUUUUAAAUCGUCCAAAAGUAGGUCUAAUCCCUUCAGAAGUAUGGCGUUUCUGUUUUGACUGAACCAAAACUGACAGUGGUUCUUUCAAAACUUCAGAUUAGUAAUGCUAAUAGUGUUUUAAGCUCACGCCCGCCUGGUACAGUCACAUGAACACAUCAUGAGGCACUUUCAGACACAACACAAACAUUAUUUUCAGUAUGUUCUUUAUGGGUAGCACAUGGUCUAAGGAUCUCCAGUGACAAAGUAUUUUCUUUAUACGCCGUGGGCUUUCAUCGCCCAUGCAUUUUGUACAAAAAAAAGUGUUUAAUGGCAAGUUGUAACAUGAGAUUUCAUAAUAAAACUUUUUUCCAAAAAUAA